UUUCAACACUACUAUAUAACAAAUAAUUUGAGGCAAGGAUGACGAAUGUAUAUGACAUGUCACCCGACGCCUCCGAUGACGAGGAUUUCCAGACCUUGGCUAUAGAAGAGUUUGAACCCUUCAAAGACCUGCAAACUCUGUUGAACCGUCCCGCCCAUCUCAGCAUCUUCCUUAACUAUGCUAUCGGAGAGAACAGACCUAACAAUUUAUUGUUCAUACUGUGCGUCCAUCACUACCAACGACAAGAGAAGUACAAGGAUAUAAGGAGGGCUGCUAGUGGAAUAUUUGAAGACUUUCUAAAUCCCAGCGCAGUACUACGUGUAUCGUUCCCCCCUGAGAUUCUCACGGAAAUAAGUUUGGGACUUCACAGGGAGAAGGACCCUUUAAAGCUGCAGAACAUCUACAAUAAAGCUCUGCAACUAGCAACGAAGCAGGUCAAUGUGAUGAUAAACGAGUUUAAGAAUAGGCUGGACAUGGGCCUGGGGAAUGCGUACAAUGUGCAGGCUCUUAGUGGAUUGGAUACGUUUGAGGAUGAAAAGCGAGUCGCAAAACAAAUUCUCAUCGAUAAAUUUGAGGAAUUGAUGAGCGAACUGAAUGGAAUCUGGGCUGAUCAGUUGAAGAGGAAGGAUACAAAUGAUUUGCACGAAGAGAAGAAUAAAGCACUGAUAGCAGCGGUACAGUACGUUUUAGAAGAUAUUGGAGUUCUUCACGGUUCCUCAAACAUUGCUCGAAGUUUCUCUAUGAACAAGCGUGAUGUAGAUAAAAUAGCUAAGAAGUUGCACAGCCUGAGAAACAAGGAAACAAGCAAGCCAGUCACUAGAGGUGCUCACUCCCUUAAAGGCCUCCCCUCGCUCAGCAACCCUCUCGGACACAAACAACGAGAUCCCCUGUCACCGGGACUAGAAAGUGACGGGUCGCGUGACAACCUCUCACCCAGUGGGUACAGUGACAGUACCAGUAACUCUACCUCCCACGAACACGUGGACCAACUAGAGACUCAACAUAAUAACAACAGAUUUAUCAUAUUCAGAUUGCCGACAGAUACCCCUGUAAAGCGCUGGAAGAGUCUACCCAAGGAUCAUUCCGUUGUUCCUAAAAGACCAACCGAGGGAAUUAACCGUCCUAAAUCCGCCGCUGAGGAAUCGGAAAUGUUCAAGUGCAUGUCAUUGGACGGCAAGCAAGUGUUUGCAAUGAAAACAAUCCGCCAUGAUAUUUUAAAGCGGCCUUCCUCUGAAGAUAUGUCAAGCAACAGUUCGGACGGUUCGAACAGAUCACCAUUCCUGGAUCCGAACAGUGUUAACCGGCGGGAGAGUAGGAAUGUUAACCUCAUUGAGUUUGAGCAUGAUCCAGAUCUGGACAUUCCUGAUGAUAUGGUUCUGUGGUCUCAGACUCAUUCCCAGCUGAUAAAGACGAGAAAUAUGUCAAAGAAGCAGAUUCAGAGACAAGAUGUUAUUCACGAAUUUGUACACACAGAACAACAUUACGUCAGAAAACUUAAAGUGCUCAACGUUGUUUACUACAACCCUUUACAACAGCACGACAUCAUAGAGAAAGUGCAGAUAUUGUGGCUGUUCCCCAACCUAGAUGAGCUCAUCAACAUACACAAGGAGUUCUGUAAUAAGCUGCUGGAGAGGCAGAGGAGUCAGAACCCGGUGAUGGAAGUUACUGAUAUUAUUAAAGCUCAUCUCAGCCGGUACGACCUAAAAGAAGCGUGUGCCAAGUUCUGCAACCACCAGAAAUCAGCUCUAGCCAUGUUCAAGAACAUAUACCAGAACAGUGCAGACCUGAAGAACUUUUGUUACCAGGCUGAGAUGCAUUCUGUGACGAAACGGUUGGAUCUGGAUCAACUUAUAGGGUCUGUGCUGCAUAGGAUAACCAAGUAUCCGCUACUAUUGGGCGAGCUCAAGAAGUGCACUAAAGACGAGAAUAAUCCAGAUUUCGCAAAGUUAAGCGAGAAUAUAAAACUUGCCAAGGAUCUGGCGUGUUUCGUAAACCUGAGGAUCAGGGAGACCGAGAACGCUAACAGACUGGAGAGACUGCAGAAGAGCAUUGAUAAUCAGAUCCCUGAGGAGAUGAAGGGAAUGGGCCAUUUACAUAAUAUGAGAAUAAAUGCGCCUCAUCGGAAGCUGAUGUUUGAUGGAACAUUAACUUUAAUGAUUGACAAAGAUCACUCCCUAGAAGUUCUAGGUCUGCUAAUGACAGACUGUCUAGUCCUCCUGCUAAAACAGGAUGCGCGCUAUCUCCUCAAACCACUCAGUCACGACCUCUCCCCCAACCCUCCUAAAGCCCCCGUAAUCAUGUUGCAGGACAUGCAUCUCUCAGCCAUUGAUAAGAGAGAGAAACGCUUUAUUAUUGCUAAUAAAAACCCCAAAACUCCGGACUUGUAUGAACUACGAUGCUCAAACAAGGACCAGAAGGAGACAUGGAACACAAGUAUUAAAGUUGCUAAAGAACAGUUCAGUACUGGCAAACUUAAACACUUGUCCGAUCAGGUGUUCCCACAGCAGCAACAUCAUCCCAAACUACCCUCACUUGGGUCCAUGUCUAAAACGGAUUCUGAGCAUGAAGAAAGUUCGGGUGAAUCAGAAGAAGAGUCGGAUGAGAGUGAAACAGAAAGUGAAGGUGAAAGUGAAAGUGAGGAUAACACCAAAAUAGAUACUACUCUUGAUGAUCCAGAGCCAGCGACACCGACCGUUAUAUCUCCUUUAACAAGAGCAGAGAGUGAAACGUCACGUGACAUGACACCACAACCACCUACUAGAUCAAACACUGCUCCUUCAAGACAGUACACUGCUCCUGAAAGGCAGUCAGCUGCUCCUUCAUCAAGACAGCCGACUCUUCCUUCAAGACAAACUGCUCCUCCUCCGUCAAGACCUGUAAAUACUCCUCCCAGGCAGAUAAAUGCUCCUUCAUCAAGGCAAAAUACUGCUCCUCCAGCAAGACAAACAGCUGCUGCUCCCCCAGUAAGACAAACUGCUGCUGCUCCUUCAUCAAGACAAACAGCUGCUCCUUUAUCAAGACAAUCAAAUAUUCCUUCAAGGCAGGCGAACGUUUCUGCCAGACAGUUUCAAUAUCAAACUGACAGAACUAACAUGGCUAGUGCUACAAACAACAGCACAGAGGAAGAAAGAGUGGACAACCCAAAGGUGGACAACCUCACCGAGCAAACCAGCCAGGAUCUAAUCUUACGUGCGAUGAACGAGACACGGAACAUUGAGAGACUAGCCUUGUCUAUUGGCAAGGACCGAGCCGAGGAUCCUGAGCUGAAGAUGAAGGUACAAAGGUCGGCAGCAAUGCUCAACAAAAGCCUAAAACAACUGAUGACUACCGCUAUUGCGGACAGUCAAACUCUCAUUAAUUUGGAAGCCCACAAAUCACAGUCAGAGGCACGAAUCUCCAUGUUGGAGAGCCUGUUGGACGAACACGGCAUCGCUUAUGGUUAAUUAAUUAAUUAAUUAAUUAAUCGAUUGAUUGGUUAAUUGUUUAAUUGCCCAAUUGAUUAAUUAAUUAAUUGAUUAUGGUUAAAAGCCUACAGGAUUCCGAAAGCUUCAGGUCCAAUUAUAAAACUGACAAUUUCAUUUAUUCAGAUAUCUUCGUAGUGCCGUUUAUGUAUUUUAAAUUUACUCGGAAUUUUUGACCAAGUAUUAUAACCACACUUGAAGGGUUGUUGUAUUGCGGAACGGAUGUUCUUUUUUGGGAUUAAGUCUCAAAUUUUUCAAUCAUUAACCGCAGAACGUGUUUUGGGUCAGAUCUUAUUAAUCUUUUUAGAAUCUUUUAAAUGUCAUGUGACACGUGAGUGUAUCUUGUUCAUCAACUGAUUAGUUGGUUAAUUAGUUAAUUGGUUAAUUAGUUAGUUGGUUAAUUAGUUAAUUGGUUGCUCGUUAACUUGGUUGACUGGCCAGUUAAUAACUUUAUAACCUUGUAACUGACAUGGAAUUUAAACCCGUAAUAAAGUACGGCUGCAGUUGAUCUUUUUGUGUUUUUAAGAUUUAGUUUUUUGUUGUUUUAGGAAAAUAUUAAAUUAUGAUUUCUGCCGAAAAUGUAUCAGUUAUGUAGCUUAUACUUGGCAUGUAUUAUACUCGGAAUUUGUUAAAACAGUGAUCAAAAAUUAGCAGAACUAAAGAUUCAAUGUUUUGGGAUAUAUUUCAAAACGAUGGACAACAUUUUUUUCAUUUGAAGACCCCAAACAUUUUAUUACCUUGUCGGUUGUCAUGAAUUUACAUCUGGACAAUUUUGUACACAGUAAAUUUAUUUUUAAUAAUUGUAAGUUUAUCAUCUCUGUAAAUAAUCUUUUGGAUCAGGAUGGUAUGGAAUAGCUUGACGUCUGUACUUUUUUGAAUUUCGCACAGUGAUUCCUAUAGAAUCCCAUAGAAUCCUAUAAAAUGUUAUAAAAUCCUGUAAAAUAACACCGAUAGUUUCCGCAGUGAAACUUUGUGCAGAGAGCUUGAUACUGAUUACAAAGGUCAAUUAUAAAAGCAUGACUGGAGUUGAGAUUUUUUAUUUUGAUUAUUAAUCUUUACUUGGGAUGAAAAGAAAUUCAUUUGAGUUAAUCGUAGGUGGUUUGAUUUGAUAUUAAUUUAGCAGAUUUAAUGUUUAAUUUUAAUUGCACUGUAUAGAUUUCUUCUAACAAUUAAGAUUGAACACAAUUAUA